AUGGCUGCAUUGGCGGUGGUGAUGAUGGGCGGGGGCCCUCGAACAUUUCCUGGCGGCAUAACAAAGUGGGAAUGGGCAAAGCAGCAGCGAAAGAGGCGACAGCUCAUGGAGCGAGCGCAGCGCCAGAGGCUCAAAGAUGUGGCCGAGGAGCGCCGCCGCCAAAAGGAGCUCCGCCUGGCGUUGGAGCUGGAGAGCCGGAGCCUGGAGGAAAUUCCACACCACUUUAUCGCUCCCAAUGGCCAGCCCACGGCUCGCUCCUUCCCCUCCGAUGCAAUCUACAGCACCCAAUCUUAUUCUCGCUGUAAGCUCGAGCCUCACCCAAUCCUCGACGUGGAUCCUAGCUUUAUCCAGGAGCUUAUCCAAGACGAGACAUAA